CAAACACCUCAGGUGACCGAAAUUUAAAGAUAAAGGCUCGCGAGCAUAUUUCGUCCGUAUUUACGCCGCCGGUGGCAACGUGACAGUUGGAUCACUCUGUCGCCGAUAUUUUUUUCAGUUCAACGCGCGCCAUCGUUCGAUCGUCGCUCGUUUUUCCCCGGUCGCUCUUAUUUAAUCAUAUCCGAUUCGAAAAACGAUCAGAAAUAGAACACGCGCCGCUCGCCGAUCUUCGCGCGAAGUCGCAGUGCUCGUGUCUCCAAGUCAUUUUAGCGCGUACAAUACAAUGUGCAAUAAUAAUUCGGAAGUGGCCGACGCGAACUGCGUGCGUUAUGUGUGCACAGAUUCCCACGGCGCAAUCGCUUGUAGUAAAUCGAACAUGAUCUGGGACAUCGUCUCGACGUUAACAGGCGGGCCAUCAAUCGUGUAGCCGUCCCCGAGCAACGUUAUGUAAAUGGUCGUCGCGACACCCGGCGAUUCUGGUUAAACGAUGACACUGAUGACUGCUACCGGCGGCUUUUAGCCAGAAAUUGAUAAUUUGGCGUGUAAAGCGAAACAGUAACUAAAGUGCCAUAAAUCGAGACGCAAUUAGAAUUCCGCCACGGGCUUUUUCGAGCAUCCAGAAAUGCGACGCGUCUCCUGAAAGCGCGCGGGAAUAACAUCCUAAUUUUCCAUCAGCGAGGCAUCAUAACACCUGGCUGAAAUUUGCGCCUGCGUGAUGACGAAGUCUCGCUCCAACCCUCGUGAGACUUUCGGUGCGAGGGUGCAAUUUAAACUUUGGCCCAGUAGCCAAUCAACCCCUUGACGAGCGGACGAUUCGGAAAAGUCGGUCGGUGUCGGAAAAAGAUUUGACUUAGUGCUGUUUGCGCAAAUGGUGCGAUUUGUGUUGCAAAGUUCGUUGCUACAUUGUUUGCAAAAGAAAUUUUUGCAAGAAUUGUAUUCCGAUGGCUGAUCAAGAGUAGAAAGUACCGGUUGCGCAAAGUGUUUCGAAAGAGAUCGCAACGUGAGUGACCACGGUCAUGAUCUUGAGCGGAACGCUCACAGAUUCCAGUUUCUUGGCCAUCACACCGUUUAAAAUCAAAUUUAAACCGCCGGUUACCGAGCUCCGACCUUCGACGAUGGUAGGCGGUCAUAGGGUGAAACUCGCGGCGGGCAAUGAAACCACCACCAUGGUCACCGACGGCGUUACUACUAGGAGCGACAACAACGUCGUUGUCUCCACUGUACAACCGACCACCACUCAGCAAAAAAUCCAACGGAUCUUGAAGGAGCAAGCCAGGUGGCAAGAAAACUGCUCACGCAGACGCGUGAAGUGCACAUCGAGUACUGCCUGUUGUGUGGUUAACAACUACAGCAUCGUCGCCUCUAGGGGCGAACUUGCUCGAAAUAACCGCGCUGCGGGUGAAACGACGACAAGCAAGAAACGGACGAUCGUGAACGGGAGAAUCCACUCCAAGGAGGAGACCUCUCAGGGCGGCAUCCUCGCCGAAGAGGAGCCGAACAAGUCAAGGGAUAUCUCAAAGGACGCGCCUAGAACAGGCAUCUCGAGGGGCAUUCAACGAGGAAUAAUCAAGUCUGCUUCCGUGCCGAAGGACUUGAAGGAAGGUCUUCCAGCGCGGGAGAGAACGCUGCAGCGGGUGCCGGAGGAGGGCAUUCUGAAGAGGUCUUCCGCCUUCCUGGUAAAUCUAGCGCAUCAUCCCUCCAGCGAUCUCGCCGAGAGGUACGGCGAGUCGGCCAAGUUCCUUGGCUCCAACGGUUAUGAGUUCCGCAGUUCCUCGUCCACGCGGUACUCUGGUCUGAAAGGCUACUUCUCGAUCCUAACGAGUGACAACGCGCGACAACUGCGUCCGCUACAGCAGUCGACCAGCGUUCAGACGCUGUCGACGAGUUGGAAGAAGAAAGGCGUCGGCGUAAAGAAAUCCGUCUCUUUCAGCUCCGACACCAGCUUCGCGGAGAAACGCACGCCGUAUCGCAAGCCUGUUGUCCACGAGGCCAAGAUCUACCGCAAGGGUGUGCUUCAAGACCGCGUGCGUGAAGAGACAAUUAAAGCAAAAGUGCCGCCUUCGUGGGAAAUACCCUCCGGGGGCCCUACGGCCCUUCUGAGGGCCGCCAGAGAGGCAGACGACAUAGGUCUGAAGGAAAUUGUCGCACAGGCCCGAAAAGUAGGCCUGAAAGGCAUGGACGUCAACGUGGUCGACAGUAGCGGGAGGACGGCCAUAAGCUAUAUGGCUGGGAACGGCGCGACGACGAUGCUAGAGCUGGCGCUCUCUUUCGAAGGUGUGGAUCCGAAUUUGCCCGAUAACGAGGGUAACACACCGCUCCAUUUUGCCGCUCAGGCUGGACAGACCGAAUGCCUCAACAUCCUUCUGCAGAGAUGUCCGGAUAUCGAGGUGGACGCAAGAAAUACCUUAGGCUUCACGCCACUUAUGAAGGCAGCCCUUCAAGGUAGAACAAAAUGCGCAAAGAUUCUUUUGUUCGCCGGUGCAAAUCCUACAUUACGUGAUCAUGGUAGAGGAUUAAGGGCCGAACAGUGGGCGAGAUUUUGCGGCAGAUAUGUGUGCGCCGAGAUGAUCGAGAGAUUCGCGAGACAUCGUCUGCUAGAGAGGACAACGUCCUGCCGUUGGGGUAGCGAGCCUGAAUUGGCUGCGAAAGUAUUACAAGGAAAGGUGACGCCUGUACCUACGGCUCCUAUGCCGCAACCCUCGGGGUUGAAAUCGAAAAUAAGGAAAGUUUUUCGCACCACCUCCAGCCCUGAUCGAACCUUUUCUCUCGUGUCGCAACUUACCAGCGCGGCUCUCUGCGCGAGCAGUCCGGCCUUGCCGAAACCGUCACCCGUGGUGAAAAGUCUGCUGCGACCACUGAGUGUACCUCAAUUAAGGGUGACGUUGGUUUCACCACAAGACUUCUUGGAAAAGACCUCGGAAAAAUACAGCACAAAUUUCACAGAUAAAAUUGAGAACUCCAUCGCAAAGCCGCCGCGCUCGAAAAAGAAAAGCAAGUAGUCUAAUGUAAAAAUUGCGCGACUAAGAGCCGCGUUUAGUUGCCCGCUUCGCGUUGAACAAUCGCGAACGGAGAUUACGCAAGUCUGCUUGACGCAGAAGCAGCGAGAUGAAGAGAGUGUUUGUGAUCUAUUUGAGAUCAUUUACGUGUUAUUCAAUUCCACUGUUGCCUGUAAAAACCGAUCGGCCGAUCGUCGUCCGGAGCCGCGGUCCUUCAAAUAGAUUGUAGGCUUUUCGUUUUUACCUCGACAGAAGAAUUAUUAGCGAUGCAUUUCUCUCAAAGGACGUUUUCACGAGGAUUAAAAAGAAAGACCUUCGAAAUCCGAUCGCUUCCGAUAAAUCAUGACUUCCAGCGAACAGCUGCUUAAAAUGUUGUCAUGUUUAUGGCUCGUAUUCGAGAUUGUUUUCGGUGUAAACCACCAACGCACGACCGGAUGCGCAAACAUUCAUGAUGAUCAAAUCUUAUUUUUAGUUUAGACUUAUAAUGGAUCGUACGGUGUGGCGGAGCGAAAUACAGCGCGAUCGCAGUUUACAAGAGAUCGGCGAAAUUGCGCCCAAGAGUGGUCACAUCGGACGAUUCAUAUUAAAAGAUCCACCGAAUCUUUUAUCCUCAUCGUCUUACUUGUAAAUAAAAUUUCAAUUUUCUUGAAAAAUGCAAAUGUGUAUCUUAAAGUAUGCGCCGAAGCGAUCUAGAGAUUCUAUCGGUUAAAAAUGAUCGGGCGAGCUUGCGAUCGUCACGACGAUCGCAAGUCUCCCUCCAACUUACAAUACGCGUUUUACGUACAAGAUUUUAUAUACAGUUAUUGUCUGAUGGUUGUUUAAAUAAAUGUCUUAUCAUUCA